AUGUCUCACGGUCCUGAGAAUGACUCCCCACACUCCGAUGAUCCCGAUGUCAUGGUUGCCCCGUUGUUGAAGCAAUUCGAAGGCUCUACCUCCAAUACAAUCCCCACGAGCAUAAGCAAUGUGCCUGAUGCACCUCAGCAUGAGGCAAUCGAUUUGGAUGGAGCUCUUGCCAAUCAACUGGAAUCUUUCUCAAUCAUUGUCCCUACGGUUGACAACCAAGAGGACUAUGAUUAUCUGCCUGGGCAUUCUGUGGCUCACCGGGUCUUACGUGUGGAUUCGGAAGCUUCUAAGGACCCUUUGUAUUCAGUGAGGCUUCAGAGUGGAGAACGUACCACUAUGACACUCGCUCAGUUAAUGGACAUGUCAAAUGGACCACAGGCACUGGAACAGUUUGAUUCUGAGGCAGAGUCAAGCAAUGCAGAAUCAAGCGAAGAUGAGAUUGAGGUGAUCAGAUACUCUCGCUUCUUGGGGGAUGGGCCUGCAUCGGAUGACUCGAACAUGGAAUCCUCAAGCGCACCAAGAUCACGCUUGCGACGCCGGACCACAAAGACUGGCCGAUACAAAGAAGCCUACCGCAUCCAAGACAGCGACAGUGACCAGGCCAGUGAUGACCAACAGAGCUCGAGUGAUGAACUCAACGGCCCACAGACAUACACACGGUCUCAGAUGCGGCGAAGCAUCAGAAGAUCCACCCGCACAUCUUUCCUCGAGGGAGAUGAUGCAUUGUCCAGAGGCGCCCGUGUGUCAAGCCGUCGGAAAAAAGUCAAGCGGUCCAACCUGCAGGAGCGGCUGGAAGAUGAUGAAUUCUCCGAGGCUGAGAGUGUUACUCCGAGGCAGCAGAAGUUUACUGGGGCCAAAGAGAUCUUCUAUGAGCUGUCCCAUGAUGAUGAGUUCAGACAACAACAUUUUGCCUGCUGUUCUACCUGCACUUUCUACGAAGAUGAUCCGGUCAAGGGACCCUUGGUUUUCUGCCAAGGGUGUACUUCCUCUUAUCAUCAAUCUUGUCUUGGUCCUCGAAGCAGCCGAGAACAUAUUGUAACCAAGGUUGGUGAGAAACAGUUCAUUCUCCAAUGCCGUCGGUGUUUGGGAGUUGCCCAUGAAAGACACAGCACCAGCCCAAAUCUGGGCCACUGUGCUGUGUGCCGAGAGGGAGGCCCGAUGUCUGAGCCUCUACGAGAGCGUCUCACCACUCGGGAAGAACAACAACUGCGGACAGCCAACGGCGGCACGGAUCCAAUCACCCCGAUCGACAUGGGUCUUGUGAACAACAUCAACAAUGUUCUUUUCAGAUGCACCAGUUGUCAACGUGCUUUCCACGUGGAACAUCUUCCGGCAAGCCAAGACCAGGAUCUUUCGGAUGUCUUUGCUCAGUAUAGCCUUCACUGGCAGUGUCCUGAUUGCUCUCGAUCUAAUGGAGAUAUCGAGGAGUUGGUUGCAUGGCGACCUAUCAAUUCCGAGGUCAAAGCCGCCGGGCGGUUUGCUGAGUUCAUCCCUGAGGUUGACAAGGAAUAUUUGAUCAAGUGGAAGAAGAUGUCUUAUUUUCGCACCACUUGGAUGCCUGGGGAUUGGGUGUGGGGAGUCAGCAAUCCGGCUAUGCGCAGAGCGUUCUUCAACUCACCAAAAGCCCGCAAACCGAUCAUGGAAGCGGCAGACGCGAUUCCUGAAGACAAUCUCCGAGUGGACAUCUUAUUUGAUGUGGAAUACUCAGAAGAUGCCAAUCUUCCAGGCGAUGAAACUAACCCGGACACGGUCUUGCGCGCAUAUGUCAAGUACAAAGGCUUGAAUUACGAAGACGCUGUGUGGGAAUCACCCCCUGAUCGGAGCCAGACUGCUCGAUGGGACGACUUCAAGACUGCAUUUGAUGACUGGGUGUUCCGAGACACAAUCCACCUUCCAAAUCGAACCACACUCAAGAAUCACCUCGCAACGGUUCGCGCACAAGACUUCGAAACACGUUUGCUUUUGAAAACCCAGCCUGAACUAGUGACCGGUGGCGACCUCAUGGAUUACCAAAUGGAAGGACUGAACUGGCUGUACUACAAGUUCCUGAAGCAGGAAAAUGCCAUUCUUGCCGACGACAUGGGUCUUGGAAAGACCAUUCAGGUCAUUGGACUUUUUGCGACGCUAAUCAGACGACACUUAUGUUGGCCGUUUUUGGUCGUGGCACCGAACUCCACCGUUCCGAAUUGGCGGCGUGAGAUAAAGAUGUGGGCCCCAGGAAUCCGGGUCGUCACGUACUAUGGCUCUGCGUUCGCUCGUCAGAUGGCCAAAGACUAUGAGAUGUUCCUCGAAGGUAGCAAUGAUCUCAGGUGCCACGUGGUGAUCGCGUCCUACGAGAGCAUGGUUGACGAAGAAGCGAAGAAAGCGUUGUCCAAAACCCACUGGGCAGGGUUGGUCGUGGAUGAAGGACAACGUCUCAAGAACGAUAAAUCCCAACUUUAUGAGCGCCUCUCCCUCAUAAAGUUUGGGUUCAAAGUUCUCUUGACUGGCACUCCUCUUCAAAAUAACAUUCGGGAGCUGUUCAACCUGAUUCAAUUCCUUGAUCCGAACGAAAAUGCCGAGGACCUGGAAAAGCAUCAUGGAGCUCUCACCUCAGAAAACAUUCGAUCUCUUCACGAAAUGAUCCGGCCAUUUUUCCUGCGUCGGACCAAGGCUGAGGUGCUGCCGUUCUUGCCGCCGAUGGUCCAGAUCAUUGUGCCUCUUUCAAUGUCGGUUGUGCAAAAGAAACUCUACAAGUCGAUUCUGGGGAAGAAUCCCCAACUCAUCAAGGCGAUCUGCAAGAAACAAAAUGGACAGUUGAGGAAGUCAGAGCGACACAACCUGAACAACAUUUUGGUCCAACUCCGGAAGUGUCUUUGCCAUCCCUUCGUGUACAACAAGGAUAUUGAAGAACAGACGUUUGACCCGGCCAUGGCUCACAAACACUUGGUGGAGGCAUCAGGAAAACUUCGGUUACUUAACCUGAUGCUGCCGAAACUUCGGGAGCGUGGGCACCGCGUUUUGAUUUUCAGUCAGUUCCUGGAGAACUUGGACAUCGUCGAGGAUUUCCUUGAAGGCGUUGGCCUUCACUACCGUCGUUUGGAUGGGCGGCUGUCGUCUCGGCAGAAACAACAACAAAUUGAUGAAUUCAAUGAGCCAAAUUCGCCCUUCUUUGCUUUUCUGCUGUCUACCCGUUCUGGCGGGGUUGGCAUCAACCUGGCCAGUGCAGAUACCGUUAUCAUUAUGGAUCCGGACUUCAACCCCAAGCAAGACAUGCAGGCAUUGUCUCGGGCUCAUAGAAUCGGGCAGAAGAACACUGUCCUUGUGUUCCAUUUGGUGACGCGAGCUACCGUGGAGGAGAAGAUCAUGCAAAAAGGCAAAAGAAAAUUGGCCCUUGACCAUGUGCUUAUUGAACGCAUGGAGGCUGACGAAGACGAAGACGAUCUGGAAUCCAUUCUGAGGCAUGGGGCCCAGGCCUUGUUCGAUGAAGACGACUCAGCGGACAUUCAUUAUGAUUCGGAGGCCCUUGAUAAACUCUUAGACCGCAGUCAAGCCGAAAAAGCCAACGAAAUGGCACACGAUGUGGCAGGUUCGUCUGUGGAUCAGCCCCAGUUCAAUUUUGCUCGUGUGUGGCAGAGCGCGCGCGGCACCUUGGAAGAGGUGACCGAGACUGAGGACAAACCCCUGGACGUGACUGCUUGGGAGGCGAUCUUGCGUGAACGAGAACGUGAUGCCACCGAGGAAGCACAGCGAAAAGCCGAGGGCCUUGGUCGUGGCAAGCGGAAGCGGGCUACUGUUGACUACCGCAACAGGGAAGAGGCCAAUGAACGUGAACUCGAAGAAGCCAUCCAGCCUUCACCGGUCAAAAUUCGGAAGCCCAAUGACAGCGAUGGCGAAUUCCAGCAAGAAGACGAGGGGGAGGAAACCGAGUCUGUGAACGAUGCCGCAGAAGAUGCGAUGGACAUUGAUACUGCUGGAGCAGCGGUGGCUCCAAUGACUGAACCGAAAAACCGUCCCUUCAAGCGCGUCGACUCGCCCCCUCCGUUGCCACCUGCUCUGGAUGGCGUUUCGGAGCCCGGUCCUUCUUGCAUGGCAUGUCAACAGUACCAUGUGUCAGGCCGGUGUCCCCUGAGGCUCGCCGGCGUCGAGCACUGUCCGCUCUGUGGCCUGGCGCACUUUGGAAGAAACCGUACCUGUCCGCAUCUUACUUCCGAGCUGCAAGUGCGGCGCAUGCUGGUUGCGCUUUCUUCCAGCAAUGAGUCUCGUGAGCUGGUCGCUUUGGCGAAGAAGUACUUGCGCGGCGUUCUCGGUAGCAUGGGACAACAGCAACGCCGGAAGGAUGCGAAAGAUGCUGCCAAGCAGGAGGCUCAAAUCUCUCCGGUUUCUCAUUCCCAUCCUAUGCCAGCCCCUGCACCGCCGGGCCCCAGCACUACUGCUCAGCCUUCUGCACCUAGCCCGCCGGUCAUUGAUCUGACUUCCGAUCCAAAACCUGCGUCCCAUCAUCCUCUGCCUUCGUUCCAUCACCCCCCGCAUUGGUCACCUGCGUCAUCUUAUCAGAACUUCCCCCUCGCUUGA